AGGCUCGAGAAGGUGACCCUGCUGGGGAGCGGCAACUUCGGCAACGUGUUCCUGGCCAGGAACCCCUCCACCAGGCAGCUCUACGCCCUGAAGCGGCUGUCCAAGGGCUACGUGCAGAGCAGCGGGACGGCCCAGCAGGUGUGCUGGGAGCGGGACCUGAUGACAAUGCUGGACAGCCCCUUCGUUGUGAAGCUCGUCUCGACCUACAAGGACGCGCAGUUCGUCUACCUUCUGAUGGAGGCAGGGGGCUACAUGGCGAGCGAGGGCGGGGACGCCAGCGGGCGCCGAAGGAGAGUGGUCCGAGCCGCGAGCGGCCAGUCUGACGCCGGCCGAAGCGUGGAGUUUCUCGUGGGAAAGUGCAAGGCCGUGCUGUGGGCGCGUCUCGUUCUGGACGCCCUCGUGGCCAAGCCCGAGACCCCCGACCCAUCUGGCCAGUACGAAGACGUGAGCAGGGCGUCACUUCAGGGUGCAGUACGGAACAUGGCUCGACGCGCCGAGCAGGUGGCGAGGAACCACACGUACGAAACGCCAUUCGGCGGCGAGAACCCGUAUUUCACCGAGCCCACUUUCUCCGAGAUGAACGAUAUUCCCGUCGGUGCGGCCCCCCUCAUAAUGGAGAUGAGCAGCGUGAUGGACGACAUCCCGCCCGAAUCCUCGCCGAAGGAAGAGGAAGCCCUGUCCGAAACGGCCUCGAUCGAGGAGAUGAAAGAGACGGAGUCGGACCCACCGAGUCAGUCAACGAUCACUGCUGAGAGGAUGUGCGAGGCCGACAAGGCGUGGGCGGCCUUGCUCCAGGACGCGGACCAGCGCGACUGGAUUGCCAUGUGUCUCAAGAUCCAGCAGUUCCCUGAGUUCGCCCCGCGCGUACUCGUGCUCAAGCCGUACGUGCUCCAGGGUACCCAAAUAGUUAUGAACACGCCCUUAGAGAAGGACACUCAUCUGCGCGAGCAGCUCUGCCAGCUCGAGGGCCACUCCCGUGCGCUGCAGGCGCGGGCUGUUGCUCUCGUUGAUGACCCCUCGGUCAGGAAGGAAGCGGGACAACUGCUACGGGAUGCCGAAUCCAUGGUCGAGGAGACCCGCCGCACAGUCCACGAGGCGAAGAAAAAACUCACGAUCGCCCGCCUCCGCCACCAGAUGGUUGAGGACACGUUCGACGCCAUCGUGGCAGCCGACCUGGAGGGCCUCAGGGUCUUGGUGAAGAGGCUGGCGCAGCUCUAAAC